AUGUUCUGUCAUUUUGAGAGGGAUCCAAAGCUAACCCCGGAAAAGGUGAAAUGUGAUCUAGAGGAUCGCCCCGGUGGGAUCUGCAGUCGAUGUCAGCAUGAAAACCACCAAUGUCAUCCUCACAUUGGUCCACGCAAACAACGAGCUAUCCGCUCCUCACUUACUCGAUGCAAUGUGGCCACUGUAUCCCCGGAUCGACCGGUUGUGGCCGCCGAGCGAGAUAUAACCCCACACGAAACAACGUCAUCUUUCAGUGUCCUGGGAAACCAACAGCCAAACUGCUCAAUACCAGUCAACGGAGCUGACAUUACUAGACAGCCAACGUUUAUAGAAGGGGGCGCGGUCAUUCUAGACGUCAGUCAGGCAUGUCGUCUUCCGCCUCCUGUCAUCGCCCACGCUUUAUCCGACUUUUACUUCCGUGAGCUCUUCUUCUUGGUUCCAGUCCUGGACCGUGGGCAAUCUGAAACUUCGACCUCUAUAUUACUACAGCAAGCACUGUGCUUUGCCGGUAGUACCAUGCGUGAAGCAUCAAUCCCAUCAGCGGAUUGGUCUGCAUUUUCGAUCUAUGGGCGCUUAAAAACACUGUUGUUUCUUCAUCACGACCCAAGCCCGUUCCACAUGCUUGCUACCCUCUGCAUCCUUGGCACUUGGCUCCCAUACUCGCCCGAGGCUAUUACCCUAGACAACCCGUGGCAGUGGACAGGUAUGGCAAUUAGACUGGGAAUACAAUUGCACUUGCACGAGGACGGGGCAUAUCGUUCCUUCACGCAUCCUGGGGGAUUGCGAAGAAUCUGGUGGUAUCUUUUCAUAAACGAUACUCUGCAGAUGUCAUGCUGCGGUCGCCCUGGGAUGUUCCCAUUGAAGGAAACAACGGUUCUGUUGCCCGAGACGACUGAUUUCGAAGAUCCUACUGAUCUAGGAGCUGCAUCAUUCUGUGCGCUGGCAUCACUCUGUACCCAUUUGAGAAAGACUAUCGAUCUCAGAAGAUACCAGGACACUCCGCAAGAUCAAGUGUACUCUAGCCUCGAAGAUCUGAUCAUGUGGAGAGAGCGUUUACCGGUCGGGCUAAACUUGUUCGACAGGGAACAACGAACGGCUUACCAUCGCCCAGCCGUCGAGCUUCACAUCUUUUAUUUGGUGACCGUCAUAAUGAUCUGCUCCCUCGGUCGGCGGGAUAACUCAACAUGCCUGAAAUACGCCUCGAUCGUUGCCUCGUCUUGCAUCUCCCGACUUUACGAGGAGGUUUUGUAUCACGAGGAUGUUAAAUAUCUACUCCCUAUCCACUCCUGGGCAAACCUUGUCGCAGCGAUUCCGCGAGCAUUUAGCGACAGCGACAUAAUCAACCCGGACCGAAUGCAUGAGCUCAAAAUCAGCCAACAAGUACUCGAAAAAAUGAGCGAGAAGCAUACGUCUGCUUCUAUGGUUCGUGGGAAGAUUGAUACCCUCGGCAAUCUCGGUGCAACCAUGUUUCCUCGGGCGGAUGAUUUGAGCCAUGUGCCUGAAGAGAGAAGAAAGGAUAUGACUAGGCUGUUUCCCUUCCCGCUGAAAUUCUGUCCCAUCCUCGAGUUGCUACACUGUAGCAACGAUGGAGACCAGGACCUCAACGACCUUCCUACUUUGUCUAUGGAUGGCAUGGAUUACCAAGAUUGGCCGGUAGACUGGACCUUGUUCCUGUUUGACGCGCCGAUGAGUUGA